AUGUCGAACCUUACAAAACUUGAAUUUGCGGCCCUUGAUAUUACUGGAAAGAACUAUUUGUCUUGGGUGUUAGAUGCUGAAAUUCACCUAGAUGCAAAAGACCUUGGUGAUACAAUCAGAGAAGGAAAUAAACCAAGAAGUCAAAAUAAAGCCAAGGCUAUGAUAUUUCUUCGCCACCACCUCCAUGAGGGUCUUAAGAUUGAGUACUUGACUGUGAAAGAUCCACAAGUCAAGUUGAAAUUAUGUGGAGAGAAAAUCACUGAUGCAGAAAUGCUAGAGAAAACAUACACUACCUUUCAUGCGAAUAAUGUUGUCCUGCAGACACAAUACCGUGAAAAGGAAUUUAAGAAAUAUUCUGAACUUAUAUCUUGUCUCCUUGUGGCUGAGCAAAAUAAGAGCUACUGA